CUGUAACUGCGAUGCUGCUUCAAUGAGACUAGGAAAAUAAGAGUGCGUGAUAUUUAUUAAAGAAAGAAUGUUUUUGCAUUAAGAGUGAUUUAUAGCAAGUAUUAAACGCUUAAUUAUUAUUUUCAAUAUCACUCUCACAUGAUUUUUUUUAUUUGUUAAAUUUUCCUUUGUUUUUGAGUUUUCGCUCCGAGUUAUUUUUGCCAUUUCAUUAUGGAGACAGUACCACAUGGCAUAGGUGUACAAAAUAGGUACGCCUUAUUCUACGACGAGUGUUUGGACCCGCUAGAAAUUUUAAAGCAGACUGAAGAACAGAAGUCUAAGAAAAAGACCGAAAAACCUGUAAAGAAAGCAGCUAAGACGUCGCCACCUGCCCCCCUAAAAAAGCCAACGGAGACUGUUGCUACCAAAGCUGUGAAAAUACAAGACCAGGAUAGUGCAUCUAAACCGAGAGGUAAACCUGCUCUACAGUCAAAAGUGUCAAAUCAAAAUGAUUUUAGAGAAAAUGUCAGAAACAGAGAUGAUAAUUAUUUCGGUGCUGAGACCAGGGAGAGAGAAGGAGGCAACAGCGAAUUUCGACGAGGUCGUGGAGGAUUUCGAGGAGCACGCGGCGGGGAUGCAGGAGGUGGACGCAGAGGAAGAGGAUUUUUUCCAAAUUCUGAUAACAGGAACCGACGUGUUUUCGAUCGGAAAAGUGGAAGCGACAAAUCUGGAGUGAAAUCCGUUGAGAAACGUGAUGGUGCUGGCUCUAACAACUGGGGUGACAUCAGGAGUGAUAUCAAUCAGAGAAGAGAUGGUGGUUGGGAUGAUGAAUUUGAAGGUGAACCACCUCGUCAAGAGUUAGGAGGCAACGUAGGAGAGGAUACUGAAUUUGGAAAAGUUGAAGAAGGGCUCAAAAAUGAUUCUCUUGAUAACUCAGAAACAAAAGAAAAUGAUCAAAUUACUGAAGAAGAACAACAAAUUCAAGAUGCCAUGAAGGAGAUGACUUUGGACGAGUGGAAGAAAGAGCAGGAAGCCAAGCGUGUCGUACCAAAGUACAACUUGCGUAAACCAGGAGAAGGUGAAGAUGAAAAGCAAUGGAAGAAAGGAUAUGUCUUGAAGAAGAAGCCUAAAGAAGAUGAUGAGGAAGAAGAAGAGGAUGACGAAGAUGAUGAGUAUGCUCGCCGUGGCCCUCAGAAGGUUCUUUUGGAUAUUCAGUUCAACUACGCUGAUUCAAGACGUGGUAAUAGAGGAAGAGGUCGCGGUGGCAGAGGAGGCCCGAGAAGUGGCCCACGUGAUAAUGCCAACAGAGAUUCUCCACGUGAGGAUCGUCCUCCUCGUGAUGGUAGAGGUGGUCGCGGCGGUGGUGGUCCAAAAGUGAGAGGUGGACAACAAGCUGCACCACGUGUUGAUGAUUUCAACGACUUUCCAUCAUUAGUCAAUGCUUAAGGCAAGGAUGUUGAUUUAAUUAGCAUUCCUUGCUGGCAUUUGUUUCAAUUAUGGCACCAGUCAUGGAAUGUUUCUACGUAAAAGAUCAUGCAGUUGACUGUACACUGUUGUGUAUGGCUUAUUAGGUAUUUGAACUCUCAUGCUGGUUUUUGGAAUUUUACUGUGGACAUUUUUAAGCUUUUUUUGGACAAUUUACUGAACAGUUUUGAAAAUCUAGAUUUUUUUUCCUGUUUAUUCAAGUUUUAUUAAUAUUCACAUUGCCUGUAUCCUUAUGUACUUAACCAAAUUAACAAUAAUGAAUUUUUCGUCAUGUGUUAAUUUUUUGUUGUUGCAUAUAUUAUAAAUUGCUACUGUUAAUUAUUAAUUUUGACUUUUGUUGACUAACCUAUUCUAGUUGAGUUUACUUUAUAGAAUCCACUGAUAAAAGAAAUUCUGUGCCUAAUGGAAAAUUAAAGGUAUGAUUAGCUAUUAAGAUUAUAUAUUUUUUUAAUAAAAAUUAACUAUCUUCUGUUAACUGUACCAAUAUAUUCUGACUAUUUUCAUGUAUCUUCAGAAAAGUAAUAUUUUCUUGAAAGAAUGUAUAAUAUUUUCUUCAUUUAGUUUAAUAACUUUUUGUACUUGCUCAGUAAGAUAUAAUUUUUGGUAGUUUGGUCCAAGUAAAUUUUGGACUAUUUUUUAUUGAUAGCCAUUUUCUUUUGUGUUCAGAGGAAAAAAAGUUAAUAGACUGUUGAAUUUAUUUGAGUCUGGUUAUCUAAGGGUACUUAUUUUUGCUUAAUUUCAAGAUAUAAACUUAUUUUUUUCAUGGAGUUUAAUAAUCUAUUAUUUUUUUUAUUCUUAGUAAAAGUGCUGAUAAUUUUUUCAUAUUCAUUUAAACUAGAAUGGUGCUUAUCCUGUCAAUUAUAAGUAUUAAGUUUUGAUGUAUUUAAGAAUUAACUUGGUUGUAAUUAGUAAUAUUUCUUUUUUAUUUCAAACUAUACAUUUUUCUUAUGUAUAACGACUUGAAAUUCUAUGGUAGAAGUUUUGUGGGCGUUUAAAGAAAUUAUAUGUUCAUAAAGUUGCACUUGUCUCAUAUUUUUUAAUAACAGAUCAAGUUUAUUGUGUACUCGAUCAACAAAAUAAUUUUGUUUUAUAAUUUGCUUCACAGUUGUUUAUUACCUGAUCAUAUUUAUGCUGUAGGAUUUCUUCAUUGGCUUGUCAAUUCAUUGUUUUGUGUCAAAAAUAGCUUUAAUUGUUCUUUUAAUAAAGAUAUUCCAAAACCCAGUA